AUGUCAUCGCUUUGUGUGUGCGCAGAGUUACUGGCACGCACGACGCAAGGAGCUGAGUCUGCCCGACCAGUGCGUCUAACUCAACCUCCAUGUGUAGGAAGGAUUCACAAGCAAUGGCCUGACUCUGUUUCCCUCUGUUUAGCGCGGCCGACCAGUGUAUUUAACUCAACCUCCAUCAAUGGCCUGACUCUGUUUCCCUGUGUAGCUGUUCCGCGCAGCUAUUGGGCGCGCCCGACCAAGCUGCUGGGCGCGCCCGACCUGUUCGUGAAGCGCGGGUCGCGGCUGCGCCUGACGUGCCUGCUGCGCGACAGCACGGAGCCCCCGCAGUUCGUCUUCUGGUACCACGAGCGCGUCAUGAUCAACUACGCCCAGGAGCGGGGCGUGUCGGUGCGGCACGGCCGCUCCUCCUCCGAGCUGCUCAUCGCCGCCGCCAACAACGGCGACUCGGGCAACUACACGUGCGCGCCCAGCAACGCGCAGCCGGCCUCCAUCAGCGUGCACGUGCUCAACGCGGACUUCCGUCGGUGUGCACGUGCUCAACGGGAGGAAGCAAUAACCUCGGGCAACUACACGUACGCGCCCAGCAACCGUGCGCGUGCUCAACGUCCUCCACAUAUUUUCGUGCAUCGAUUACCGCAGAAGCCGCCACACGCUGUUGACAGUGAGCUACGCCUCCAAAGCGGCCUCUCCCCGCCGAGCCCAGCCCUUCCGCUUCAGACGACCGCCCACCCACGCGCGGUGACGUCCGGCUUACGCCGUCUUCGGGGAUCCCCCCGCCCUUCAUCUUGCACAUCACCGGCUGUGCAUACACAGGGCCCUCUGCGAGAUAUGUGUACGCGCGCGCGUGUGUGUGUGUUCUCGCUAGAAGAGGAAGCAGAAGUGGAUGCUGGUGAAAGAGCGGGGCGACCUUUGAUUGCCCUGCGCACAUUCCAGAGAACGAUGGGGAAGGCAGCAGCAGUUCACUGGUUUCAAAAUUGGAAAUCCCUGCGGCUCGGGAAUAUCGACCGACUGAGAUCUCUGCAGUGUUUCUCACCGGGGUGA